UCGAAGCGACGCAUGUACGCAGAGUCGCAACCGACGGCAACACGUCCGACACACACGACGUGACGAGCGUUCCGCCGGAAUAAUAUUAUUAUACCAGAUUACCAUUAGCUCGUCUCGCGGGUCGCGACCACUACUAUACCACUACCACUGUCAGCUCCCACCGCCUCGCCGUGCCGCCAUGUGCUAACGCAGUAACACCGCGGUUCGACGUCGCAAUCGUCGUCGUCGUCGUCGUCACUCGUCGCAACAGCAGCGCAACGUUAUUACUCACCCCGGGCAACUACAGCAGUGAGCGAGCAGAUACCGCAAAGCCGACGAGAAUCGAUCGUGCGCACACCCGGACGACGGCAACCACUACAGCGAAGAACCGUCGGCACGUACGAGCAGACGACACCACUGGACAAAAGAUAAAAUAUUUUGUUACAACAGCUUAACCUGCAUUUAUCAUAUCCUACUGAUAUUUCAAGCAUCCUUAAGAAAUUUGCUGUUAAGAAAAUUAUAUCAAGUCAUCAACUUAGUUUAAUGUACUAAGUUAUACCUACCUUCUUUCAAGACUUAAUUUUAACGCACAUUAAACACAACAUCAAAUAUGUCUUCUUGGCAAGAUUAUGUUGACAAACAUCUUAUAGCAUCUCGAUGCGUUACCAAAGCCGCUAUUUCAGGUCAUGACGGCACUGUAUGGGCCACUUCUGAUGGAUUUAAUGUUAGCAAGGAAGAACUCAGCAGACUAAUUGCUGGUUUUGAAAACCAAAAUGUUUUGGCUGCUUCUGGUGUAACGUUAGCUGGCAGUAGGUACAUUUAUUUGUCUGGUACUGAUAAAGUCAUUAGAGCAAAGCUUGGUAAAGUAGGCGCACACUGUGUGAAGACCCAACAGGCCGUUGUUGUUUCAUUAUAUGAAGACCCCAUUCAACCACAACAAGCUGCCUCUGUUGUUGAAAAGCUUGGCGAUCAUUUGGUUGCCCAUGGAUACUGAACAUGAAUUACAAAAACGAUUAAUGUGCUUCAAAAAUGGAAGAAAAAAAAUUCAAAAUUCAGAUUAUCAAGAACAACUAAAAACUAUAUGAUAUGGCAUUUAAUUAAUAUAUUACAUUAAAAUAACCAAAUCUCAAUUAAACCCAAUAAAAUAAAUGUUUAUAAUUUUGGGAGAAAUAUAUUAGGUAUAUAUUAUAUUAUCUUAUUUUUAUUUUUAUUUAUUUUUUAAUGAAAUACCAAACAACUAUUUCAUUAUCUUUUAUUAUAUUUUAUUUCUUAUAAGAUUUUGAUCCGCUGCUUGGGAACUAUAGAUUUGUUUAACAUUAUUAUUGUUGUAUACAAGUCCCAGAUAUUAUUAUUACUACCUAAUAAAAUUAUCUUCAUACCCUUACAAUUGUUAUAAUUAUCAAAUGAAUCUAUUGAAUAUUGUCUAUAAAUUACAAUUAUUUGAUUAUCGGCUAUUGCUAAUAAUCAACUGUAUGAUUUAAUUUUCAAACACCCUUGAUUCAUGUUUAUAUUUUUCUACUAUUAUAUACAAAUUUAAUUUUAAAAGAAAAUCAUAUUUUCUUUAUUUUUAAUAUUUUUGCUUUAUACUUGUUAUGAUUUGCACUUUCUACUGUUCCAUUUAGAAACAGUACCUAGUUAGAUAUUUAUACAAAAAUCCAUGACUUGAACGAAAAAAAAAUAGUAUGUACCUAACAAUUAAGUGUUUUGUAAUUUGUUUAAUAUUUAAUUGGCUGUGUGGUAUCUUUAUUUAUGUUUAUUAAUUAUUUGUAAAAAUUUCUAUGAGCAAUAAUAAACGUAUAGCUUUUUAUACCAAUUUACGUUCCCUUUGGCUACCAAGUAAAAUAAUUUUGAAAGAAAUAUUGUAUUGUAUAAUAUAUUGUCAAAUAUUUUUUUUUUAUAACCAACCAAUAAACAAAUAUUUAUAGAACAUUUUACACUUAUAAAUGUAUUUUUUUUAAAUUAUAAUUUAUACAAUCAUCCUUUUAAAUUAAUAUCAGGAAUUCUUAUAUUUUUAUAAGUUGGACUGAUUAAGUUAUUUCAAUAGGCUAUAUUGGUGAACUUUAGAGUUUAGACCUGAUGUAUUUUGAAAAAGUUUAUUAUUGCGUAAACAUAAUGAUAGAUAUGAGCAUUGAACUCUUGUACAUUUUUUUAUCAUCAUUUUAUAAUAACAUUUAUUUUUCUUUGAAUAGUAUUCUUACCGGACAAAGUGAAUAUGUAACUGUUUAUUCUGUGGCUUAUUGAAUGCAUUUCACCAACACAAUAAGUAGGAUCUAAAGAAUGGAUAAUGUGUUAAUAGCUUAAUGUUUCAUUUAAUUAUCAGUUUACUUUUCAGAUGUAUUGGUAUUGUAAUAUAGGUGGAAAUUAAUAUUAAAUUGGUAUGUAUGGUGGGUUAAAUAUUCAAACUUAUUAGAUAAAAAUAUGACUAUUUUUUAGGUACAUACCACAUGUGAUGAAAAAGAAAAAGAUGAACUAGUAAUAUACUGAUCUCAUGAAUUUAAGGAGCACACCAUGGUAAUCAAGAAUAAAAUAACUGAAGAAACUGAUCUUCUAUAUUUCACAUUGGCUACUGGCAUACUCAAUGUUCACGGGCACCCUUAUUCAGAAUAGAUACCACAAACACAAUAUAAAUUAUUAAUCUUAAUAAUUUCAAAAACGGAACACCUAUGGGGUUAAGCAGUGAUCACAGUUAAAGGGGUUGCAACCCUUUUAACCAGCUGCAUUAGUUCAUUCUAGGUACUAAAAAGGGUGCAAAAAAUCAAAAUGGCUCCUAUACAGUAAAAAAGGUGUUGGUAUAUCUGUGCCGGCAGGGCAUAUGUUAGCGAGUGCGCACCAUCAGACUGAAUCGCAUAUCAUUGGGGAGCAGAGACUUACAGUGUGCAGUAAAGAAAAAAAAGGGUAAACAACCUUUUAUUUUUUAGCCAACCACAGUGCUUCAUGCAAAAGAGUCCAAAGGGUUCCUGCCGUCCGCUGUAGUCGUACAAUACCGAUAGUAACGCUACAGUUGUGUUCUUGUGUUCGAUAAACACACUUGUAUUGGUUUUAGUUUGUUAUUUUAUUUUAUUUCAUAAAACGUGUUUUUAAUUUAUACAAUUUUUACUUCAGUGUUUGUUAUAAAUACAUACAACUAUUUUCCUUAAAUAGCCAGCAAAAAGGAUUAAUUAUUAUGAAUAUGUAUAAAAGAAAUUGGACUGUAAUGGUCUCAAAUACAAUUGUUUUUCGUAAUAAGUACGAGUACAUUGCAGUGGACGGAUAUUUUCAUGAUAUGUAUUGGGCAUGUUGCCUAUACAGAUCGCCGUCCAAUACACUUAUGAACGAGAUAAGGAGAAAACGGUCUCCCGCCCGGAAUCAUUUCGAGAAUAACAAUGAAGACGGUUUUAAUUCCAGCAUUGUACAGCGAGCCCAAGCUUUUAUUAACGUCCAAAGCUCUACGGGCUUUUAAUAUAUAUAUGUACGUGUAUAUGUAUGGGAUGGAUGAAAAGCCGAGGCAGCGGUCCCGGAAACAGAGAUGGAAAGAUUUUGCUGCAAUUAUCAUGUUUGAGCUGUGGACGAAUAACAAAAAUGAAUAACAACAGAUUUGAAUGUGGUUAAUAGUAUUAUGGUUUAUCGGAAACGUAAUACAUUAGAAAUCACAUUGAGAUUUUUGGAUAUUCAUACAUCACACUAUGAUCAACACAAUAUCAAGAUGGUGAUUUGUUGAGCUGACUUUAUUGUCAUUUGUUCAACAAACGAUUUUUUUGGACCGUUAACACUUAAUAAUUUGAGUUAUUUUUUUCAGCUCUUUUUCACACUGUUCAGAACCUUUUGUCUCCUAUAUUACUAUGAUUUGAAGUUCAGCUACGAAGACGCACCGGUUCUCAACACAAACGUACCUACAUCGUCUUCAACCAUAAGUUAAGUUAUGUGUAUAUACUUUUGGAACAGGGUAAAAUUGUAUACAAUACAACCUAUACUGUUGUUAUCGUUAUUUUAAAAUAUACUGCUGAUUAGUUUUUCAGGUAUAAAACAGCAGCUACACGCCUUCACAUCAUCCAGUCAAGGCGAAGACGAUGUCAUCAUAUUGAUAUAAAUUUAAAAUUCAGUUAGUAAAUAGUUGUAAAUAGUUAUCACGGGCACCUAUAAUAGCGGAGUAAAAUUUUAUUGUAUAUAUUUUGUAUAACAGUGCGUCUUGUAAUUUUGUCGAUUAGUUAUUUUAUUAAGUUCGAUAUAAAAUUAACAUACCAUAUUAAAUAUUAUAGCGUAUUGGUAGAACAAAAAGCGAUAGAAAACAGAAUCCAUGUUUUUUUAGUAGGUACACGUCUGCAACCGUUUUAUAACGUAUAACAAUAAUAAUAAUAAUAUUCACACAAAUACCAUAAUACAGUCGUAUACGAAUGGAAGAGAAUCGCGUGUAUGUAUUAAUACGACGAUAUAAUAUUAUGCGGCGAUGGGGUUAGUCAGUUAGGUGUCGUGUGGGAGGAGAGCCACGUUGCGAAAACUUAAAAAUAAAAAAAAGUCGGCUAUGGUGGGCCAAUCGAAAAGCAAUCCCGUCUUCGGCGCAAAAGAAAACGUGUGUAUAUAUAUUGGCUGUCGGGUGCUGUGGAAGUGGGUAGUGGAGGUUAUAUUGCCGUCCGAUAAAAAGGAAACUCCUCUUUAUUCCCGGGCGGGGUGGAAAGGGGAAAAAAAAACUAAAAACGAAAAAAGGAAAAAGAAAGCACGGACGGGCGGGCGUUAGGUGGGGAGAAAAUAGAAAGAAUAUAAGGAAAGGAUAAAGGACCGUUUUCCAUCCCGAGAUUUCGUCCCGGACGCAAAAUAAUGUAUACGACCACCGCCACCACCACCACCACCGCCACCACCACCAC